AUGAUAAGAGCAGCUAUGGUGAGAGAGAAGGAAGACCACAAAACUCACCUGCAUCGAGUCGCAUCCUCAAAUUUACCUAUUGUACCUCGAAAGUCUUGGGAAUACUAUGUCGCAAUUUUACAACCAGGAAUUUCUUUGGAAAAAUGUGAACAUGGUGAUUUUUUAUGGAUUAGGGUUAAGAGGACAGUCACGAUCGGAAAAAUCCUGGCAUCACACUUCAAGAGAACCGGUCGAAACUCGAUUCUCAUGGAUGGCGACGUCGGGUUAUCAAUCGAUGCCAAAAUCGAGGAUCUAAAAUGUUUGGGACUUGGCGUAUAUGCAUUCUGGGAGAUUGUUAAGGUUGAGAAAUGGUGGGAGUAUAGAGACGAUGUCGAUGAAGGAAGAGAAACAUGGGGAUUGUUAGAAAAUACGCUUCCUUCAACUAUGGCAUAUGAGGAAACUGAAUUGAUUGAACCUAGGGAACUCUUUCAGAAUGCAUCGACCAAACCUUAUUCGAUUGAGAAGAAAGAGGAAUCUGGGAGCUUGUUGAAGAUGACAGUUGCUUCCACCAUGACGGCAUAUGAAGAAAUGAGGGCUAUUAAGUUCAAGCGCAAGACCAAGUCAUCGCUGAGUGAAAAGAAAGAUGAAAAGCCUUGGAGUUGGGAAACUACAGCCCCAUCAAUCAUAAAUAAUACUGUAGGAGCAAGAGGAAAACAAACACUCACAGAGCUUUCAAAGAACAAGUCAAGCAUGGCAGCCUCAGUUAAAAUGAAAGAAGACAAUUCCAAGGAGCGAUCAGGAGCUACAUCAACCAACAACAUAUCUUAUGUUAUUAAAGCAGGACAGAAACGGAAAUUGGGAAAAAUGACAAAAGGAGAGAUUUUGAAAAGAGAGCUAGCUCAAGAGGAUAGGGCUGAAAUUAUCAAACGUAGAAGGAUAGAGUUGGAAUCGGAAGAUGCCAACGAUAAGAUCAUGAAACAAAUGAGAACGGAGUUGGACAAAAAGCUGGAUCUUAUGAAGUCGAAAAACGAAAAGGCACCAGCGAUCAACUUGCUAAAACCUUUUGCUGAAAACACAAAAUUGGAUUUAAAAAGACACGAUGAUUACGUCGCCAAACAGCGAAAAAACAUGGAGGCAAGUUCCCAAAGAUUCGGGAAAUUGCAGUUUAAAGAGAUUCUCAAACGAUUCGAGAUUUCGUGGGAACGACAAAGGCAAGACAUCACCAAUAGAGAUCCACAGUUCGAACAGAGUGUUAAAUCUGAACUUCAAAAGUUAAAAGGAAAGAUUACUUCGAAAGUUCAAGACCACGGCUCCCUCGAAUCCAUUCUCAAAGAGAGAGAAAUCCACCUUGACCUUGAAGCUAUCCAGAGACAACUCGACAUGGCAAAACGCGAACACCCACAAUCAAAAAUUACUCUUCGCUAUUUUAGUAAUACCGUUCGCUUGGAGUGCGCAUAUUGUCCCAAUAUCGAGAUUCAAAUGGGGCUGAAAGACUCUCGCAAUGUUGCUGGAAUAGUAAAAAGACAUCAAACAUCAAAGGGUCACACGGACAAUCGAUAUAACGAAGCUCAGAGAAAACAGGGGAGCGAACAGUCGAAAAACAAUAUCUAG